AUGCAUGGAAAGUGGAAAUUAUUGCUAACGAAAAGAAAACUUUCUUUUGCAGAUAAAGUUGUGGUUCAGGAAAUUCCAAAAUUACAGCCCAAUCUAAAUAUAACUGACGAAGAAAAGGAACAGAGAUUGGCCCAAGAAGUGGUUCCGGUGUUCUUCGAGGCGAUCACCUCCUACCUGGUGUGCCUGGAGAACGACUACUCGGCGCUGUUCGUGUUGUGUCUGCUGCAUGCCAUCUCGCACAACACGGGUGUCGACAGGGAGCUGCUGGACACUGUGUUGCUUCCGUCUGCUGCCCCCGUAUCAGAGGAGCUUCCUGCCGAUAAGCCGCGCUACAACACGUGGCUCGUCGAGAAGCUCAUCGAUAUAAUCACGCUCAGCUGUCAGCCAGGCUGUGGAGUUCGACUGGUGACUUUGGAGCUGACGAUAUCGCUGCUUCUGCGGCUAGCUGUGAAGGACGGAGUAAGCAUCCUACAAGACUGCCAUCUUGCGGCCGUGGUUGGAGCCAAGGAGGAGAGCACCUCAUUGCUCAGGAAUUUCUAUAAGAGUGAGGACAUAUUCUUGGACAUGUUCGAGGAUGAGUACGAGGAGAUGAAGAAGAAGCCGCUGAACGUGGAAUGGUUGAUGAUGGACUCGAAUGUGCUGCUCCCCCCCACAGGCACGCCCAUGACUGGCAUCGAGUUCACCCGACGAUUGCCUUGUGGCGAGGUGGAGCGCGCACGUCGCGCGAUACGUGUGUUCCUGCUGGUGCGCGAUUUGAGCGUGCGUCUGUCGGGCGACACGCGCGACACACAACUACCGCUCACUGACCGCGCCGCCUGCAUACAGGUGGACAAUGUGUUGGACCUGAACAACAGUGACCUGAUCGCGUGCACAGUGAUCAACCAGCAGGGCACCAAGAUGCGUCGCUUCCUCGCCAUGGACAGCUCACAGCUAAUCCUCGUCGAGCCCGACCUGCGUCGCCUCGGCUGGGGCGUCGCCAAGAUGGCCGGCUUCCUACAGGACAUGGAGGUUCAAGGAGACAAGGAUGACUCUCGUUGCUUGCACAUAACAAUUCAUCACACGACUACCGGCCCACUCAUUGCUGCUAAAUUCGUAUUUGAUGAUCACAUCAGAUGUUUGGCUGCGAAACAGAGGUUAACUAAGGGUCGAACGAAAGCAAGGCAGAAAAAAAUGGCGCAAAUCGCUCGUCUUCUAGAAAUUCCCAGCAGUGUUGCUCAAUCCACUCCUUCACCUCCCGCCUACAACCUUCUCGCUCUUCGCCAAUCGAUACAUCAAUACAGAAGCACAUCUGGCAGACCACUUCUAAAUCAGCGACCUCCUGGUCUAUCAUCCGUCGUCAAAGUACCAUCCAGUCCAAAAUUGAGAGAACGUGAAAGAGAAAAGGAGAGAGAAAAAGAGAGAGAAAGGAGAGACAGUGGGUCGGGCAGCAUAGAAGCCAAGUCGAGAGAAGGCUCUCCGAAACUACCGAGACCUCGCAGUGAAGAAAUCCCAUUGAAAGACAUGUUGAAGAAGAGGGACAGUAUACCGACAGUGCCAGUUGUGCCUGAAACAGCUUCCAGUUCUAGUGCUGGUGUCGUGGCAGCAGUGACAAGCAGCAGUGCGACAGAGAGGGAGAGCGGCGUCGGUGCUGUGUCGGCGCCCAGCGUCGAGACAUCAUUCGGUGCCGUGUCGGCGCCUAGCGUCGAGACGUCCUUCAGUAAGCCGCCGCUGCAAGACAAGGACAGAGAAAAACGUCCGCCCUCAGCCAAGGGCAAGGUGGAGACUGUCUGAGGAAGGGCCAAGUCACGGCCUUGACCACAUCAAUGAAUUCCAUCCCGUCAGCAUUAAUUCGCCCAUCAAUGGUCAGCACUGAUUCGCCCAUCAAUGGCAUUGGCAUGGCAGGGUAACCCUACACUGUUUGAAGGUUGUGAAUCUUAAUUAUUUAGUACCUGCAACUGUUAAUAAACUUUGUUGAAACUUGAUUGCUUUAUAGAACAUUUCACUGAAAUCAGGGGUUAAGUUGGUAAUGGUCAGUUUGCAUUAUGCAAUAUCUAUAAUAAUAUUCCAAUGUUUAAUCUGGUGCUUCUAUGUAGGUAGUGGAUAGUGGUAAUACGAAUUUUACCUGGCAGUUGAACUCUUAUAAUUUAUGAUUAGCUGUUACUGUAAAAUAGAUUCUAUGUGCUGGUUGCACAAAAGCCGGUUAAAUUUUAAUCGUGAUUAAUUCCAUGAGAACCAAUCAGAGAAGCCGUCUUAUCAAAGAGGCCUUCUCCAAUGGUUCUCAUGGAAUUAAUCACGAUUAAAAUUUAACCGGAUUUUGUGCAACCGGGCCUAUGAUUUUCUUCAGUUCUUAGUUAUGUAUCAUGGUCAAUCAUUAUUAUUGAUCAUUUAUAAUGUAACCAAUGUUACAAACAAACUUCCAACCAGCUUCGUAAAUAAAGAAUAAUGAUGAAAUAUCAUAGACGUUUUUCAAACUUCAAUUUUUAUAGAAUUUAUUAGUUAUUAUUGAAAAUUCGUUUCGUUGAUAUUCAUUAAUAUUCACAUUCAGAAUGGGAUUCUAAUAGUUAAUUUGUAAGUUCAAUCUAGUAAGGAACUAUUUGUUUCAUCUUGAGUUAUCGUGCACUCAUGGAUUUGGAUUGUUAGGAAAUUAAUUAUCUUUAUGAACCAAUCGUUCCAACAGUAUUAAUGUGAUGAAUCAAUCAAUAUAACUUAUUGAAGCUCCUAGUUUACUGUAAAUGAAAGAUACUAUAUUUGGAAACUAAAGUAUCUCAAAAAUAACUAAUCAAUUUUGUUUAGUAUGGAGUACUUAUUUCAACUCUAGUAUCACAUUUCCAUAAAAAGUCAUUUUAACUUAUGAAAUUGAAGGAUAAAGUGGUGACUUGAAUGCAAAGAGCACUAGUUUGUGUAAUCAUCUAUUACUGAUGAUGGUUUCUCGAUCCAUUCCGAGCUGCGAUGUAUUAACACACUUUUUCUAUGUACGGUAUUUCACACGACAUGCAGUCAAAAAAUUUGACUGCAUGUCGUGUGAAAUAUGUUUUUCUUUACACUUUACUUUUAAUUCUUUUACACUUUACGUUUUACUUUUAGUGUGAAUACACUUUUCUUUAUGCAUUUCACACGACAUGCAGUCAAAAUUAUUUGACUGCAUGUCGUGUGAAAUACAUGAAGAAAAGUGUGCAUCUAUUACUCUUUGAAACCUUUUGCAAUAUGUUACUUCAGGAAAAUAGUUACUCUUGUUUAAUUAAUAGUCUUAAAAUUCAAAAUAAUAUAAUAUUAGACAAUAGAGAUAUUGUGAACAAAUAAAUUUAACUCAAUUUUUUCUACGUAUAGACUAGGCUGCAGCUCAAUAUUAACAAUGAGGAUAGUUCUUUCUCAUUUGCAUAAU